AUGAGAGCCGCGGCUAGGAAGGCCGUUGGCCUCGGCCUUCUCCCCGCCGCCCGAGCCACCUCGGUUCGCGCCCCGACGCUCGCACGCGCCGAAGCGACUCCUCUCAGAACGCUCGCCCAUCAGCGCGUGCACGCGCGCCGCCUCCACGACGCCAACUCCAUUCCCCCGGAAGAUCGACGGCGCGCGAUGAUGAUGAGCGCGCCGCUGGGAUUCCUGGCCGGCGCGUUCGGGAGCUGCGUCGGAGUCGGUGGUGGAGCGCUCGUGGUCCCAGUGCUCGCGAGCGCGACGGCGGCGCCGCAGCGCGUGCUGAGCGGGACGACGCUCGUGGCAGUGGUCAGCACGGCGAUCGUGAGUGCAACUCGGUUCGGGAGCGAAGGGCUUAUCGAUGUAGAGGCGGCGGCGAUUUUAGGGGGGGCGGCGAUGCUGUCGGCGCCGAUGGGGGCGAGGAUGACGGCAAAGAUGAACUGCGAAGCGCUGAGGCGGACGUUGGCGUUUUUUCUGCUCUUCGCGGCGCCGCUUGUGCCAAUGAAGGCGUUGGCGUUUAAGAUGAAAGAGAGCGAUGAUAACAUGAAGGAUAAGGUUCGGGCUUUCGACGCGAAGAGCUCGGCGCCGCAGCUGGUGGCGAUCGGUAUGACAGCGGGUGUCGCUUCUGGUUUGCUCGGCAUAGGCGGAGGCACCAUCGUGACGCCAUUGCUCGCGCUGGUGACGCCACUGCCGCAAGCCGCGGUACUCGGAACAUCACUCUUAGCCAUGAUUCCACCCUCCGUGGUGGCUUUAGCGACGCAUCACAGGAUGGGGAAUGUAGAGCCGAGAAUGGGGGCCGCACUUGCUUUCGGCACGGCUCUUGGGAGCGCGUUCGGAAGCUCGUUCGCGGUAGAUGCGCCACGCGGGGCGCUGGAGGCCAUGUUCUUCUUUGGCAUGCUAUUUCUAUCUCGUAGCACGUUCCGAGCGCUGAAAAAGCUUUGA